AAAAAAAAAAAAAAAAAAGUUCAUCUCUCUUCAAAUUUUUUAUCAUGAGAUUUGCCUUCAUUCAGAUUGACAUUCUCCAAAACUCUGCAAAUUUUCAGGGGAUGUAAUCAUGCAUGGGAGCUACAUUUCUUCAACUGUUAGAUAAUUGCAUGUUUCAAGUAGCACCACUCAUCCUUCUCAGAUUUGAAGCUUAGCAAUGAAGUCCUUUGAGAAUCACAUAGACCCCGAGAAACAAGAGCAACUGAGACUGGCAAAAAUAGAUGUUGAGAAUAAAGUGAGGAGGAUUUUGAAGCUGGCAAAGGGCAUAAAUGGCAACAAAGAAGGGAACGUGAAGAAGGAAAUAAUUCAUCUAGUUGAAGAUUUCCAGCAGCAUUAUGAAUCACUCUACUCUCUGUAUGAAGACCUAAGAGGAGAGGCGAAGAACAUCGUCCAUGGCAGAGACGAUUCGGAUUCAGAGGUAUACUAUUCUCCGGUGGAAGGGAUGCAUAAAAACAGCAGGGAAACGGAUGAUGAAAGCUCGGAUGUGGAAGACACAAUCCUCAAGGAUAUACUAACUUCGUCUAGUGAAAUAAAAGAGAACAAGUUUUUCAAGGAUCUGAGGGUUGAAGAGCCAGAGAUUGAGAUUGCGAAGAAGCAAUGGCAAGCGGAGCAGAUGAAAGAGAGAAUAUCAAGACUGAAAGGCCGCGUCUCAGAGCUUGAAUCAAUAUGCAAAGACAAGGAAUGUCUGCAGCAUGAAAAAGAUGAAUUGGAGGAAAGACUGACGAGUGAGACCAAAGAAAGGUGUAUUGAAGUUGAGGGUCUAAUGGAGCAAGUCGAUUGCCUGCACGAGGAGCUCGUCUCUGUCACCACUCGCAAGGUUGAAUUGGAGCUGGAACUCAACCACAAAUACGCCAGGAGCGGGGACAAGGAAAGCUCCAAAGCUCAGGUAAAACAUUCCAAACUCAACCAAGAGCAGAUGGCCAAAACAAACCAAGAAUAUUCUAAUCAAUCCGUGCAGGAGCUGCUACGAAAGAUGUCUCAGCUACAGACGUCUCUUUUGCUUAGCGAGAGGAAGCUGUCAGCUCAGGAGAAGAAGCUGAAGCAAAGUGAAGAAGAUUCAUCUGCUCAGAUCAAAUCCUUGAACCAAAAGAUGAAGAAUCAGCAAAGCAAGAUGGAAGCCUUACUCAAGGAGAAACAUGGCUUGCAGGUGGAAUUGGCAACUCUCAAGACCGAGAAACAAAGAUAUUUGAUGGAACUCGAGAAAGAGAAACAAGAGUCGUUGCUGAUCAAAUCCAAGAUGGACAGAAAGAACACUGAACUCAUCAACAAGAUCGUUGAUCAGCAGAAAACUCUGCUCGAGCUGGGGGAAGUGGUGAACAAGAUGAGAGCAGGACACAUGAAAUCCCACCCCAACUUCCAACUCAUGGAACAUAAGAUAGAAGAGAUGGCAGAGGAGUUCAGGAAGCAGUUUGAGGAUAAGUAUCGAGCCCUCAGCCGUAGGAUCAGGGCUGCAGAGAAGCUGCAUGUUGAGAGCAAAGAGUGGUACCUUAAGACUAACGAGGACUUCAAUCAACAACAUAAGGCUCAACAAGGAGAGAUUGAAAUAGGACUCAGAAACGUAAAGGAUAUCUCACUCACAGCAAAUGAUGUGCUCCUUUCACUCGACUCAGUAGUCCUCAAGUUUGAGGAAUGCAACGACAAUUUCCUCACCAGGAUAUCUAAGACUUCGUGUGAGGUGAAUUACGCCAAGGACUGGGUGAGGAGGAAGAACAGCGCGCUGGUGCAGGUGAAGCAUGACCUAGACGACUUGCUGUUCCAGCUCGAUGACAAGGAGGGAGAGAUAUUGGUGUUCAGGGAUAGAGUUUGGAAGCUGGAAAAUAAGAUGAGGGAAUUGGAGAAAUGGAUCAGGGAGAAAGAUGAGGGAAUGAUACAACUCAGAGAGGAGAAGAGAGAGGCAAUAAGGCAGCUCUGUGUUUGGAUUGAUUAUCACCGUUGUAGAACGGAUUAUUACAAGAAAAUCAUCAAAAAGAUGCCGGAGAUAAAUAAACAACGUCGGAGGAUGGUGUCUUGACAAUCUCACCAUUUAUGCUUCUUCAAAUACAUUACACAUCAACUUUUUUAAUGGUUUAUCUAUUUAUGGGCUCUUAGAAGAAUAAGAAAAUUUAGGCCCCUGUCAAAAUAUCAUAAGCAGCAAAUUUGCUGCAUUGAUACAAUCCUGUGGUUGCCCAAUUUUUGUAUCAAAAUGUUUUUUACAUUGCAAUUGCUCUUCUUUCCAUGUUUUUCUUGAUCCCGAUA